GUCUUUAGAAAAUAUUGGUUAACAUGCGAAUUAUACAAGAUAAUUCUAGUUAUGGAAGAGUGAACUUGCUCGAUCCGUCUUUACUUCUACGUCCCGAACAACGUUUCGCCAAAAAGGAUUUGUCCUUAUUCAGGGACUAUUCUGAAGAUGACACCGAUCCUAUAAAACGUCGAGUGAAGGAAACUUACCGGUUGAUGCACGUCAACCAGACUGUUGAUUUCGUUGAAGAUCGAAUGAAGAAAUGGUUAACUUUUUCGCAUUUUCGAAGCGACAUCCGUUCAGCUUUGGAACGUUUGAAUUCCUUAGUCGACGAAUCAGAUCCUGAUGUAGAUGUUCCCAAUAUUGUCCAUGCAUUCCAGACAGCUGAACGUAUCAGGAGCGAACAUCCUGACAAAGAUUGGUUCCAUCUGGUUGGCCUCAUUCAUGAUUUAGGAAAGGUGAUGGCGUUUUACGGAGAACCACAAUGGGCAUGUGUCGGUGACACCUUCCCAGUAGGUUGCCUCUGGGCACCAAGCAUCGUCUAUGGACGUGAAAGUUUUAAAGGGAAUCCCGAUGAAAACGAUACAAGAUAUAAUACCUUGUACGGAAAAUAUACUCCAAACUGCGGUCUGGACAACUUAACAAUGUCUUGGGGUCAUGAUGAGUAUAUGUACAGAUUCCUCUUGCACAAUGGGUCAACGCUGCCUGAACAAGCCCUAAAAAUCAUUAGAUAUCACUCCUUUUAUCCAUGGCAUUCCGGAGGAGAUUAUGAACAUCUGUGCUGCGAAAAAGAUGAAGAAACAAAAAAAUGGGUCCUGGAAUUCAACAAAUAUGAUCUGUAUACAAAAAGUGAAGAGAUUCCAGAUAUUGACAAACUUUGGCCUUACUAUCAAGGACUUAUCGACAAAUAUAUUCCCGGAAUUUUAGAAUGGUGAAAAAAAUAUAUCAUUGGGUUUUAUUAAUAGAAAAAUUCAGAAAAUAUUUAUUUAUUAAUCGUAAGUAGAUGCAAAAUUUGUUUGUAUUAUAUGUCUAAUUCAUUAA